CCAAGGACGAAAAUUUUAAAAUUCGAAUUUUCCCUUUUUCUAUACAAUUUCGAAAUAAAUAAUUCAAGUGCACAUACGAUAAUGAGAUGGAUAAGAGAUAAGAAUACAAAAUAUUUCUUAGUGAAUCGUAAUCUAUCGAAAUCUAAUAGAGUACAAUAGAAACUCCUCAACAGAUGAGAGAGAAGAAGGUUUUUCUUUUGAAUAUAAAAAAUAUUAUUAUUAUUUUUUUGUUUAAUGUUUAAUUUUCGCUCUCUGAAGAUUUCAAGAGCAGUAGAUUCCUCUGUUUGCUGAUGCCCUCUUUUUCUCUCUUGUCGAAGAAAAAGAAAAGGGCAAUUCUCUGUUAAAAAUUAUUGAAUUUUUUUUGUAGUACAAGAUAAUUAUUGGAAAAUAUGCCUCGUACUUCGUCGAAAAAAGGCCCCGCGAAUUCGAUGGCUUCCGGCACUUCAUCAACGGUGGAUCUUUUUCGCGCAGCUUCCGGUAAAGCAGCUUCCAAAGAGCUGGAGCGGAUUGACCAGCUCUUCUAUAAUUAUUCAAACAGUUCCUCUGGUAUUAUUGACCCAGAAGGAAUUGAGUUGCUGUGCUCGGAUUUGGAAGUUGACCACACAGAUGUGAGGAUAUUAUUGCUUGCUUGGAAAAUGCAAGCGGAGAAACAAGGAUACUUCACCCUGGAUGAGUGGCGAACUGGUCUUAAAGCACUGAGAGCUGACACCAUAGUUAAAGUGAAAAAGGCGCUUCUGGAUCUUGAGAAAGAGGUUAGAAGGUCAUCGAACUUCAUAGACUUCUACGCAUACGCCUUUAGAUAUUGCCUGACAGAGGAGAAGCAAAAAAGCAUAGACAUUGAAAGCAUUUGUCUCCUGCUGGACCUUGUUCUAGGGUCACAAUUCCGUCCUCAAGUGGAUGCACUUAAUCAGUACCUGAAGAUACAAAUCGAUUACAAGGUUAUUAACAUGGAUCAGUGGAUGGGAAUCUAUCGAUUCUGCAACGAGAUCAGUUUUCCAGAUUUUAGCAAUUAUGAUCCAGAUCAUGCAUGGCCCUUGAUCCUGGACAAUUUUGUUGAGUGGGUAAGAUCCAAGAGAAGCUAAGUUGGUGACAUCUGAUCGCUGCCUGCACCAAUGCACUCAAACUAAAGCUUAUACAUCGGUUCUUCUUGCUCCUACACCGUGCAUUUUGCUGAUACUCAGUUGGACCUACUUGCAGGAUAACGGCUGCUCUCGUUGUUUCUACUGCUCCCUAGAUAGUGAUUGCGAUUGUUUACCUUCAAAUAAGACAUGAAAUUGAUAACCAACUGAUAGCACUGCUAUUGAUGCGGUUAUAUAUACCAUUUUCUUGAUUUAGGAGCUUCUCUACUUGUACAAACAAAAUUACCCUGUUAUUUAUAAUUUUUGUCA